AUGUUAUGCCGGGGGUUCAGUUCCCUGCACACUACAGCCGAGCCGGUGGUAGUGCCGCCUCCAGCCGCGGGGCGCGGGGUCCGCAUCGUGGUGGAGUACUGUGAACCCUGUGGGUUUGAGUCGACGUACCAGGAGCUGGCGAGUGCAGUGAAAGAAGAGUACCCAGACAUAGACAUCGAAUCCAGGCUUGGGGGGAAAGGUGCCUUUGAAAUUGAAAUUAAUGGGCAGCUUGUCUUCUCCAAACUAGAGAAUGGUGGCUUUCCAUAUGAGAAAGAUCUGAUUGAAGCAAUAAGAAGAGCCAGGAAUGGAGAACCCUUAGAGAAAAUCACCAACAGUCGUCCUCCAUGUGUCAUCCUGUAGCCUUGGCAGUACUGCCCUUGUCCAUUCCUGUGCUCUGAUCACCUUCAGUCCCACUUGUCUACUCUUAUUUCAUUAUCUUGCUGCUUCUCCCUUUUCUGUCUUCUGGCUUAAUUAGUUUGCUCUGUCGCUGAGCAGUGUCAUGUAUGGAACAGAAUUGAAGGUAACAUGAAUUGCUAAUGCUGUAUAAAGAGCCUUGUGAUAAAUGGAGCUGUUUCACAGGUUGGUUGUGGGGGUGGGUAUUAUUGGAAAUGGAUCCUGAGAACUUAUGAUGCAGUGCUCUUAGUGUGUUGGAUACCGAUGAGUGGAACCUGUCUGUUAACCUGUCUCACCUUAGACACCUAUACAAGUCCCAGAGAGAAGGAGAGUAUGGGCUUCUCCUCCUUCCUCCCAGCCCCAGCAUUUUUUUGUACCUCUAUCAGUUAUUUUUCAACCCUCCUUUAAUAUCCAAGUAGGAUAUUCUCCUACUUCUUGAGCACAUGAGGAGAACACUUCCUGGCUCACUGCCACCCUCCCUUAGAAUCCUCAUGGCUUGAGGGUCCCUAAGAGAGACCUGAAUGCUGCCCCGCUCCAACUCCCAACAGAAGUUGUAGUAGACACUGUGAGAAAGCUUUGCCUGGCAUUGGGGUCUGAUGAAGGGCUGCUUUCUGUAGGAGAUAAAGGUGACCGUCUAGGGCCUUCUGCAGCGAAAUGACCGAAGCUUUGAAGGCCUGUUGGUAGAAAUCUGCCCAUAAACUAAACCACAGAAGAAAUUAAUUUUUCUUAAACUCUGAACGCUACAGUUAAUUAUUAAAAUCCUCUUCAUCACUGUUUAAACCAGUGCUAAAGCAGGAUCAACUAGACAGUAAGGGUUUUUUGGAUGGAAACAUUCUUUUCUGAAUUGUUCUCCUCCUGAGGGUACCUUAUGUGAGUGACUCUUCUAAUUGACCAUAUGCGUCUGCAAAAAUGAGCCCUUCUUCUUUGUUCUAACACCCAAUUUUCACAUUGCUAUUGUGUCAGGACUUUGCCCUUUGACACUGAAUGUCAGCAGGGGGAAUGAGCAAGAUAAAAGUGCUAAGUGACUUGAGAGACAUGCUAGCAUUAAAGAACCUGGUGGUGCCAAUGAAAUUCUGAUUACCCGGCAACUAAUUUAUGCUUUGAGAUAAGGGAGGGUGACUCUAUUUAUUAUAUACUGUGUAUAAAAAGAGCCAGUAAUAAAUGCAAAUCGGAGUAAAA